GCGGCAACGAGCCAUAGACCAGACGCUAAACAUAGUACUGUUUGAACGCCACACUAUUAACUCUGAGAUAGAUGGUGUUGCGGUCACUUUUUUUAUCAUAAUAUUAAUUGUUCUACUAUCAAUUACGAUUACCGCCAAAAUUACACAAAGUAGAUACCUACACGAGUCACGAAUACGUAAGACCAUUGAUUAUAAAAUACAAAGUAUGCAUUAACGAUCAUUGUGUUAUAGAUAAAUGAUAGUAAUAAUAUUAUAAUAAUAAUAACGAGUAACUACAAUAAUAGGUAAUUAAUAAAAAAAAAGUAAAUAGUGAUUAGUCUAUCGUUCGCUGUCAUGAAUUCCGACGACGAAGAUCUAAAAGCUUUGGCUUUGUUCCUAGAUGCCGAGCUAGAUGCUGAAGACGAAAAUAAUCCGACAACCUCACAUACAAUCCUCAAAGAGGAUGUAAUAAAAGACAACGCUGAAAAAAGUAGUCAACUGGCUGAGAAAUCCGUAAAUACAGCCGUAACAUUUAGUGACUUUUUCAAAUCAAUGAAGUCGAAAAUUGUCGAUUUAGAUGAAGUGGUAGUUAAAUGUGAACCCAAAAAGAAGUCCAUGUCCAAAAUACCAAAAUUUGGUUUUGAUCCUGCAGCAGAUCCUGUGUUUGGCUUAUGUAUGAUUAAUCCAUUGUUAUCGUCUCAGACAAUUCAAGAUAGAAUGAUUGGCAAAGUACCGGUACCCGUCAGCCAAGUAAAAAAUCAUCUCAAGUCUGCAGACAAUUCUGAUUGGGUUGUAGCUGGCGUUUUGGUAAACAAAUCUCUUCCCAAGACUUCACAAAAAGGUUCUACUUUUAGCAUAUGGAAGAUAAGUGACUUAAAAGCAGGUAUGAGUACUGUUACAAUAUUUUUAUUUGGCCGGUCACAUGCCGAUUUAUGGAAAACAGACAUAGGAUUUGUUGUUGGAAUAUUGAAUCCAAAAGAAAUGGAUGGUAAAGAUAAGAAGGAUGAAGUAGUAUUAUCCAUAAAUAGUGGUGACCAAGUGAUGCUGUGGGGCAGAUCCAAAGAUUACGGAACUUGUAAAGGAAUUAAGAAAAAUGGAGAUAAGUGUGAUAUGUUUGUAAACAUCAAUAACUGUGACGUUUGUACAUUUCAUGUAAAACGAGAAUAUAUCAAGCAUUGUAGUCAAAGAGCAAAUAUUGGAAAUUCUAGACCAACAGCUGCCCACAGUUUACGAGAUAAAGUAUUGGGAAAAAACGAGGUAUUUUAUGGUGGUCAAAGUUUUGUAUCUACUAAAUCUAAUCAUUCAAAGUUGAUGAAAGAAGACCAAGUUAAGCUUCAACGAUUGAAUUUGGCUAAAAAGCCUGUAUUAGACCCAAUUGAAACUCAUACCACACCUCGUACAACUAUUGCUAAUCGUCGAGCUACCGCUAUUAAAGGCUUUGUUAAUGAUAUAAAAAAUAAUGAAAUUAGUGGGUCAGGAAAAAAAAAUAUUGAUCAUAAAGAAGCUCAAAAAAUGUGUACAUUCAAAGAAAUAUUAGGUAGCUCAGCAAAUCUUAAAAAUUUUGGAUCUAUGCAUCCAAAGUGUGCCAAAGUAAAUGCAUUAAACUGGAUUAAAUCACAUGGGCCAAUCCAAAAAGAAAAUCCUAAUUUGUUUGAAAAAAGUAAGGGUGGUGGUAAAAAAAGAAAAUUACCUGAAGAUAUUGUUUUAGAUAUAGAACAAAAAAAAAAGGUUGCCAUUGAAGAAAAAGUUUCGCCAAGAUUUUUGGAGCUAAUGAAAACUACAUCUCAGAAUCAAGAUCUUAUUGAUACAGCUCAGCAAGAAGCUGAAAACAAAUAUUUUGAUCAAAUGGAUAAAAAAGAAAAAAUGGAAUACAAAAUGAUGAACACAUAUAAGGUGCCAUGCAAAGCUGUACGUUGUUUAGUAUGCAAGUAUACUUGGUUUUCAGCAUCUGAAUGGUGUAAAACUGAAAAACAUAUGUUGCGUGUACUUGAUGCUACUAAAAGAUUUUUCAAAUGUAAUGAUUGCAACUCAAGAAUUGCUUGUUUGACAAUGUUUCCUUUGAUUUCAUGUAAAAAUUGUAAUGGUUCCAAAUGGGAAAGAGCUCCAAUGAUGGGUCACAAAAAAGUUGAAGAAAUUCAUUUAAGCAUUCGUGGAGACGAACAAACAUUCUUGAGCUCUAUGCAACCUAAACUUAGUAUGAGUUUAAUGGUAGCAGAAGAAGAUUGAUCAAUAAUAAAAUGAGUUCAUAUUUCUCUUGCAAAUGUAUUGUUUAAUUGAGAAGUUAUUUCACAAUUUUGAGUAACAUAAAAUAUUUAAAAUAAUUAUUAGACUAUAUUCUGUAAUAAAUUGGUUUAAUUUUAUAUGGAAUAUAUUUAUAC